AUGCCUGAGCCUAAGCCGAUCCACAUGCUUACGCUAGAUGAGGAGGAAGUGAUUAGGCAAAAUGAGGCCCUGAUAAUUGAAAACGAAACUCUCAAGGACCAGUUGCAAGAUGCAUAUGACGAUAUCAAGGGGCUCUCCGAAAGAUUGAUUGUACUUCUGGGAGUAAAUCAUUUCGGCGUACAGACUCCUGAGGAAGUUCGACCGAAAUAUGCAAAAGUCGAGGCUACCAUAGACGAUUUUGUCAACUCGAUGGAAAGAUCACUCCGACAUGACCAAAAUCACAAAUCGCGUGUCCUGCAGGCUAUGAAAAGCGAAGGGCUAGCGAAAGCCUUUCGAACUGCCCUGCGUUCCAAUCCAGACCUUCAGGCGGCUGCUACGAAUCCACUGACCAGCGUUUCCGACAUUUGGAGGGCCUACAUCUGGCGUUUUCUACUGCAAAAACUAUUCUCGCAGCAAGCUACUUUGGACUUUUACCUCCAGCCAGGCGAGAACGCUACAUAUUACAUUAGAAACAUCAACGAACUGGACUACCUGAUGGGAAAAGCUACUGAUGGUCAAUUCGGAUCAUAUUCCCGACGCCUGUGGAAAAGACAGGCCUUGUCUGCCGUUUUCAGAACUGCCGACCACAGUUGGCUCAGAUCAGCACGGAACGCCAAGACCGACGAGCUGUGCCAGCUGCUUGUGCGAGUCUUCAAGGUAUUCGCAAGGCCCUUAGGCGAGGACGGGGCACACCAAUUGGCACGGAAAAUCAUCGCCGCGGCGGUCGAGCUCAACGAGCACAUGAUGAUCGAGGCAGAUGACAUUUGGACCCUCGACCUGGACCAGAUAAUCGGCCCAGAAACGGACUUCCACUCCAGAUUGAGUGAUAUGGAUCUAAAAUCGGUCGCCACGGUCACCGCCUUGCGGGACAACUCGCCCUUGGAUUCUAUCAGGUCGCGUUUGGCUACGGGGGUCAUUAAACAACGCGUGGAGGCACUCUGCGUAGUAGCGCCAGCAUUCCGAUACCGACAUAUUUCACGCGAAGGAUAUGAGUACCAGGACCCGGUGACCCUGGUCAAGCCGCAGGUUUUGGUCGCUUUGAAUGAGGUGUCAUUGGCAGUACCUGCCCAAGACGGUGCUGCACUUGAAUCGCCGUUCUUCGUCAUGGCUCAGAGCCUGGGUCUCUGUUGA